AUGUUCAUGGUGCCGUCCACGUACUAUGUGGUCCUGAAGGUCCUACAUGAUCAAGUCUGCAACUUGGCAGACACAACACAGACGAAGCCUUGCUGCAAAAUAUGUUUCAAGGCUGUUGCUACUGGAAGCAGCAGUACAACAAAUCUUUUCCAGCACCUGAGGAAUAAACAUCGCGAAGAAUGGGAGAAGUGCAGCCGGCUCCGUAGCGAAAACGGCUCCUCUAGCACACCUGCUAAAAAGCAAACUACACUUCCUGAGAGCUUUACAAACUGUGUGCCUUAUGAUAAGAACGGAGCGCGAUGGAAAGCGAUUACAGAGGCGAUCACGUUUUAUAUUGCCACAGACAUGCUGCCAAUUUAUUCUGUCGAAAAGCGAGGCUUUAAUCACAUGCUAAAAGUAUUAGAUGCGAGGUACGUUGUCCCCAGUCGCAAGUAUUUCGCCAAUGUAGCGCUGCCUCACCUGUACAAUACAACUCGGGAAAAGAUCAGCAGUGAGCUGGAGGAGAUGCAGUUUUACUCAGCCACAACGGACCUGUGGUCCAGCCGGACGAUGCAGCCAUAUCUGAGUCUGACGGUUCACUACAUCAACAUUAGUUGGACUCUGCGCAGCAUCUGCCUUCAGACAGCGUAUUUCCCCGACAACCACACUGGUGAGAUAAUUGCCCAUGGCUUAAAAGACGCUCUCAGCUCCUGGGGACUUUCGGAGGAACGACUCGUCUGCAUGACAACUGAUAGUGGCACCAACAUCAUAAAAGCCCUUAAGGACAACAACUGGCCCAGCUUGCAGUGUUUUGGCCACAGACUCCACAACGCUAUAGAGAAUGGUGUGAAGGACCCAAGGAUCGAUCGGGCCAUAGGGGUCUGCAAAAAAGCUGUAUCAGCCUUCUCCUACAGCUGGAAAAAAAGGCGAGACAUGACAGAGGUGCAGGCUGAGCUCGGACUUCCCCAGCAUCUUUUGAUCUCAGAAUCCCCAACACGUUGGGGGUCUCGUCAAAAGAUGAUUGAGCGCUUCCUUGAGCAAGAGAAGGCAAUAACUCGUGUCCUGGGUGCGGACAAGAAAACGCGUCAUCUUGUUCCCACGUGGCAAGAUUUGGAAGUAUUAGAAGCCACCAACAAAGCAGUGAAACCUCUCCAGGACUUCACUGAUGCACUGUCAGGGGAAUCAUAUGUCAGUGUGUCAUGCAUCAAACCAGUGCUGCAUUUGUUUAAAACAAGUCUCCUCCUGCCAGACGAGGAAGAUUUGGAGCUAACAAAAACAAUCAAAGCGAACAUCAUGCGUUACCUCGAAAGUAAAUACAGUGAUUUGGAGAAAGAGGAACUUUUGGACAUGGCCACACUUUUAGACCCGAGGUUCCGUACAACCUACAUUGAUGCUAGCAAACUGGAAGUUGUCAAAAAAAGAGCAGUGUCUGAGAUCUCUGCUCUCUGCAGCUCUACCACAGAGGAAGCUGGUCCCUCAGCUGUUCAAGAGAACACCCCACCAAAAAAGAAAAUGACUCUGGGUGCCUUCUUUAAAAACAGUGCACCAUCCACCACGCCACACCCACAAUCUGAGAAAACAAAAAUUGAGACUGAGCUUGCAACAUAUUUCCUUAUUCCAGACAUAGAGCCAGACACAGAUCCUCUUGAAUGGUGGAAGCUGCAUCAGCCCAACUUUCCAAGGCUAAGCUUACUGGCUAAAAAAUAUCUUUCUAUUCCAGCCACUAGUGCCCCCUCAGAGAGGGUAUUUAGUGUGGGUGGGGGAAUAGUUACCUGCAACCGGGCCUGCCUUAAGCCAGAGGUUGUGGACAGGCUCAUCUUUCUUGCAAAAAAUGUUUAG